UUCCAGAUACACAGUCCCACCAUAUAACCACAUUCACCACCAUAUUCACCACCUCUGAGCAUUUCUUUAGCCAACGGUAUCGAUACGCAGCCAGUUCGUUUUUUCUCCAGGUCUAGACGAUGCCGAGCAGAUAUCCAGGAGCCAUAACACAGGAUUGGGAGCCAGUCGUCCUCCACAAAUCCAAACCUAAAGCACAGGAUCUUCGCGACCCCAAGGCGGUGAACAAGGCCCUGCGGUCCGGCGCGCCGAUCCAAACCAUUAAGAAAUUCGAUGCUGCCUCCAACAAGAAAAUUUCUCCUAUCGUCAACGCUAAGAAGCUCGACGAAGGGACCGAGCCAGCUGCUUUGGACAGGGUACCGGCUGAGGUAAGGCACGCGAUCCAGAAGGCACGGCUGGACAAGAAGAUGAGCCAAGCUGAGCUUGCCAAGCAGAUAAACGAGCGUCCUCAAGUGGUCCAGGAGUACGAGAAUGGUAAGGCCGUGCCGAACCAGGCCGUGUUGGCGAAGAUGGAAAGAGUUCUUGGCGUGAAGCUGAGGGGAAAGGUUAAUGGGAAAUGAAAUGAUCGAUCAAAAGAUGUUGUCUAUGGAAGUACGAUAUGUGGUUGUUUACUUUGUGUUUCGUUUAUUAGACUGUAAAAAAUCAAGAAUUAUGAAAAUCAUAGGACAUGCUGAUGAAAUCCGAGCUUAAUUUUUCUUGGACUUUCAGAAAUAUUGGUUGCGUGAUGCGUUUUCUGUUUGUUUAAGCUAUUUUUUGGAAGUUCUAAAUUGAGGCCUAAUUCAUGUCAA